CCCUAAACUCCAUCCAACCCUGUAACUCCUGUUCUUCAGCGUCUAAGCAAAUUCUUUGCCAGGUUAAAAAACAUGGCAAAGAACCCAAAGGUAUUCUUUGACAUUGCUGUAAAGAAGAUCAAGGCCGGGCGCAUAGUAAUGGAACUCUUUGCAGACACCACACCAAAAACCGCAGAAAACUUCCGCGCCCUAUGCACCGGCGAGAAAGGGAUUGGGGCUUCAGGGAAGGCCCUACACUACAAGGGCUCCAUCUUCCACCGCAUAAUCCCGGGCUUCAUGUGCCAAGGCGGGGACUUCACGAGGGGCAAUGGGACCGGCGGGGAAUCCAUUUACGGGACCAAAUUUGGGGACGAGAACUUCAAGAUGAAGCACACUGGGCCAGGUCUUCUCUCCAUGGCGAAUGCUGGGCCCAACACGAACGGUUCUCAGUUCUUUAUCACCACUGCCAAGACUCCGUGGCUUGACGGGAAGCAUGUCGUGUUUGGGAAGGUGGUCGAUGGGUACGAUGUUGUCACCGCGAUGGAGAAGGUCGGCUCGCCUGAUGGGAAGACUUCUGUGGAGGUUGCCAUUGAAGAUUGUGGGGAGAUAGUGGAUUAGUAGGCUUCUUUGUGACAAAGAGGAUGUCUCAAGUAGUACUAGUAUUACAAUCUCUCCUUGUCUAAGGCCUGCCAUGAAACAUUUCUCCUUGAUUUGUAAAACUUUUGUAGUUUUUUUAAAUAUAUAAAUUUUAUUUUUUUAAUUUACCAUUGUCUUUAUAUAAAUUAAAUUGUUAAUAAAUUCAAUCAAUUAUUGUAAUUUUA